AUGGCACGGGCAUUAGAUGUCGAACCGACUGUUUCUGGAAACGGGACAUCUUACCUCAUCACCAAGCUUCUGACCCCCGAUGUUGCUUUCAACGAAACGGCAUACCAGGAGUUUGGGCCUCCUUUCGUUGGCACUCACGUCCUCUUGACCAUCUUCUUUAAUUAUGCCGCCUACACGUCUGCCAUGUGGGCGAGAUGGAACCACAUCCUGGCCGCCGCUUUUGACGGAGGCUUCAACUUCAACAUGAUGUUGACGUUCUUGGUCUUCGGCGCUGGGAAGAUUGUGACUAUGCCAUAUUGUGAGUACUCCUUUCUACUGUCCAUUACCUGUCUGGUUUUUAUUUACAUUUUGCUUACGUUUUGGCCCAGGGCGGGGCAACGAGGCAACUAG